AUGUCUCACGGCCAUUCUCAUGAUAGCGGCGCGUCACACUCGCAUGCCGCCGCUGACCACGGGCACACGCACGAGAUCCUCGAUGGUCCGGGAAGCUUUCUGGGACGCGAGCUCCCAAUCAUCGAGGGCAGGGAUUGGGAGGACAGGUCUUUCACUGUGGGGAUUGGAGGUCCCGUUGGUUCCGGCAAAACUGCCCUCAUGCUAGCUCUCUGCAAACAACUGCGAGCACGCUACUCGAUAGCAGCCGUUACAAACGACAUCUUCACACGUGAGGACUGCGAGUUUCUGACGAAGAACCAUGCUCUACCCGCCGAGCGCAUCGUCGCCGUUGAAACGGGUGGCUGUCCCCACGCCGCCGUCCGUGAAGACAUAUCCGUGAACCUCACCACGCUCACAAACCUGCACCAUAAGUUUGACACAGACCUCCUGCUCAUCGAGUCCGGCGGCGACAAUCUUGCAGCAAACUACUCGCGCGAACUCGCCGACUUCAUCAUCUACGUGAUUGACGUUGCAGGCGGGGACAAGAUUCCCCGCAAGGGAGGGCCGGGCAUCACGCAGUCGGAUUUGCUGGUCGUAAACAAGAUCGAUCUGGCGGAGGCUGUGGGCGCGGACCUGAAUGUCAUGGAGCGCGAUAGCAGGAGGAUGCGCGAGGGUGGGCCCACAAUCUUUGCUGUGGUGAAGAGCAAUCAGGGCGUGGAUGCAAUUGUGGAUCUGAUACUGUCGGCUUGGAAGGCUUCCGGUGCGACGCAGGCACGAAAGAACAAGUUUGAGCCAACGGAUAUGGUUGAGAACGAGGAGGGGAAAGAGCGGAGCUACAGCAUGGCGUGA